CUGCUUGUCAACAAAGUGUCACUUCAAGCCGAGCUGGAAUGCCAGGUUUGGGGACUCAACCAAUUGCGUCUAGUCGCACGGAGUUUGUGUCGGUAUUAGGCGGAAAGUUUCAUUUCUCCCAGUUUGUAAUCGAUAGCAUUGAAGUGUUCUGUUUUAAUAGUCGCACAAGAUGAGAGGACGUUAUAAAAGACUGGAGGGCAAGGCGGGAGUGCACGCAAGACUCUACAGCGGCGCUCAUCCAGUGUCUGAGGCACUGGGAGCUGAGGCACACACAGCCCCAUCGGAUUCACCUGGCUCCGGGGUGCGUGUUCACGAGGGGGGCGACUGUGAAACAGCUCCAAAGCACUGCAAUGAUGAUAACAAGAAGGUCUACCUUGGAGUACGUGUUAAGAUGCCUGUCAAGGAUAUGCUUCGGAAGAUCCGCAUAGCCCAGGGCAGAGAGCCCCAAGAUCUUCAGGUAACCUUUUCUGCUAAAGCUUAUUUUUGGGUGGGUCUGCUUGUCAACAAAGUGUCACUUCAAGCCGAGCUGGAAUGCCAGUCGCACAAGAUGAGAGGACGUUAUAAAAGACUGGAGGGCAAGGCGGGAGUGCACGCAAGACUCUACAGCGGCGCUCAUCCAGUGUCUGAGGCACUGGGAGCUGAGGCACACACAGCCCCAUCGGAUUCACCUGGCUCCGGGGUGCGUGUUCACGAGGGGGGCGACUGUGAAACAGCUCCAAAGCACUGCAAUGAUGAUAACAAGAAGGUCUACCUUGGAGUACGUGUUAAGAUGCCUGUCAAGGAUAUGCUUCGGAAGAUCCGCAUAGCCCAGGGCAGAGAGCCCCAAGAUCUUCAGAGCACGAACAGCAAAAGAGCCAAAGGGGAAAAGAAGCUAUAUAAAAGUCGCCCAGGAAAUAGAACAAACAAGAGAAAAAGCCCCGCCAAUAGCCUAGAGGAGCUGGCAAUCAUCGUUGAGGUGCUGGAGGAGGAUCUGAGAACAGGCACCACAAACAGUUUUCCUAUCCAAAUGUCCUCUGCCAGCUCACCAGUUUCACCUGAGUACAAUUUUGAGCAAAAUGGUACAGGUUACAACAGUGAUGGCUCUGAUGAAAUUAUCCCCAGCCCUUCUUCCCAUACAACCUACUCCCCCCGGACAGAGGAGUACCACCAAAGCUCAUCUCCUCCAAGCAUUAUGACUCCAUGCUUUCAGCCCACGUGGACAGGAUACAGUUGGUUUGCUAACUGCGUGAUGAGCGGCUCCGAGUUCUUUCUGGCACAGAUGCAGAAGGAGGAACUCCAGCUGAGGGACAUCUCUGACGAAGCACUGCUGGCCACUGAUAGACAAGGCCGAACAGCUCUCCAUAAUGUGGCAUGUGAUGGCAGGAGGGCACUGGCCUACGUAAUUGCAAAAAGGAUGGCUUCCAUCAACAGCUUAGACACAAAAGACUCGGAUGGAAUGACUGCCCUCCUUCUCGCAGCCAAGCGCAACCAUCACCUGAUAGUGGAGGAUCUGAUCAAUUUAGGCGCUUGUGUCAAUGAAAGAAACAACUUGGGAAAAUCCUGCCUUCACCUCAGCGCGGAGAAAGGCUUCAUCCGAGUGCUUGAGGUUCUGAAACAUGUUAUGAUGCAAGGUGUGUACAUUGAUGUCGAAGCCACCGAUAGGUAUGGGUUGAGUGUUCUUCAAUGUGCUUCAGUGGCCCUCAAGGUGACAUUGCAGCGGUUGGAAUUGAGCAAGAGCCUCAAUCAGACCAGGCUCCACGUGAUCCGCAAGGAACGGCUCCUAGAGACCCUAGAGUGUCUGCUGCAAAUGGCCAGCUACUCUCAUGUCAUGGGGACCUGGGGAAUGAACGCCUAAGCCGCAGCACGUCAGCUCGGUAGAGACCCGACAGUAAUGUUCUGAGUAUGAAUAGGCUUGGUUUACGAUAGAGUCCAUAAAGUGACUUCUCUCAUAAAUCCCAUCCUGUUAUGUAAAGUAUCUAAGGUUGUGAAAAAUAUAAAAAGCCUGAUUUAGAAUCAGUUUUUUUUUUAAAUCUUCACAAAGUUUAGGUGCCCAUUAGCUGGUUUCUGUGAAACUUCAUUUGUUUGUUACAUCCAAGUAACAACUUGCCUUCAUUGUGGUCCGGUUGUAUUCCGAUGGAAAGGUACUUUUUCAAUGUCAUCUAGCAUGAUGGCACAGUAUGUGUUGGUGGUGUAUCAGGUCACACAUCCAUGAUUUGGAUCUCAUAAAGCUCGACUAAAGGUUGUUUGUUUGUAUAAACACCAAUGUUAAUUCAUGCAUAUAUCAAACAAACAAACUGUUACAUAAAUGGUUGAGCUACAUCACAUUCAACAAUUUGUCAUCAGCAGACAAUUAACUUACCUGACUAAAUAAUUAUAAUUGAAGCUAAGACAGUUUGGACAUUUUACAUUAGUAUCAAACAGUCAAAUGUCAUUGUCAAUUUCCAAGAUUUGCAUCUUGAUACACAGUAACACUACUAGGUUUACAACAAUGAUACAGGAUCUAAAUCAUACUUGUGUAUGACAAGGCAUUAUAUUACGUAUGUUGAAAAUUUGUAUUGGGGACUACCUGUAAAGUAUGUUGAAUGAAUGAAUGAAUUUUCAUUCUUCUAUCUUCUCAAAUUUGUCAUUUACUAUUGCCAUGUACGCACUUUGGAUGGGGCAACCCUAAAAUGUGGGCAAUCCCUAUCAAAUCUGCCCCUGUGCAUAUGUUGCAUGAAUUCCAUGGACGUAAGCACUUUUCCUCUUCGCACUUCUGAGACUGUAGGAAGUCCAGCGCCUCUUCAAGGUGAAAACAUGGUCUUGGCGCCAUGGAACUCUCCUGGAGCUUUUCCACUUCUAACUUGCUCCUGGUAGCUUGGAGGUUCUUUUUGUUUUGUUUUGUUUUUUUGCAUGGCUCCUAACAUUAUAACAACUACAGAUAUUACAAUGAUGUAAUGGUGAGUUAGAUAAUGAAUUAAAAUAUCCCCCCUCCCAGUCAGUUGUCAAAUACGGUCACGUCACUUGCCCAGCCAGAACACCCAUCUUCUUAGUGAUGGACCUCAAAAACAUGCAUUCAGUCAUGAGCAUGGAUUUUGAUUAUGUUACUGUAUUGAAUUCAUUUCACACAGAAUAAAACAUACUCCGGUCUACAUAUUCUACAUACAACGUAAUAUCCUCUGGUUGGUUUAUCAGGUCUACAUGUUACAUCUACAAAUUACAUCCACAACAUUUACAGAUUUUGGAAUUCGGUCCACACAAAGGCGCACCUUCGGUUUGUGAGAAAAUUAAAGGCUUUAAAUGCAAAAUACGAAAAUACAGUACAUUUGAAUGAGAUUCACAAGUCUCAGGAAAACUCCAUGCUCCAUAAUUUCCAGACAAUCUUAGACUUAAGGAACACCUUUUUGGUGGUAACGCAACAAUUUUUUAGGUUACGCACAGUGGGUUAGUCAGAAGUCUGGACGGAAGAAUGCGCAAGCCAGGCACGUUAGAAAAUAGUGUUGCGAGUGAAUGUGAAAAUAUGGCAAAUGUCACUUUUUACCAUUCAAUCGGGAAGUGUUAUUUUCUUAUGUACAACUGUCAAACAGUUCAAGACUCACUUUUGAAUUAUGAGCCAAACGUUUUUGUUCAACUACUUGUAAAGGGAUCUUACAUUGCAAUUACUGUAUCUAAUCAAAUGUUUCUUUGACAUUUCCCGUGUCUUUUUUGUGGUAUCGUUCUAUUGUUUCUUUAUUGAUUUUCUACCAAGUCAAAUAAUUGAGGAAAUAUUUUAUGUAUGUUUUGUGAUUGCUAAGAUGUUUUAAAGCAACAUUUUGAUCAAAUGGAAUUUAGAAAUUAACUGUUGAUGGUGUUAUUGUUAUUAAAUGGUAGAGCCAGGUUGGCAAGGCUAGUAUAUAGGUUUAUUGUGGUAGAUGUUAAAAACAGCAUUGUGUCUUUGCAUGCACUAUAAUGUGCUUCCUGACUCUGUGUGGCGGUGUGUAAAUAAAACUGUGGAUUGUCAUUGCUGACAACAAAAUAAAGACUACAUAUUAUACAAGUCAGGAAAAACUUUAUGUAUGUUUUGUGAUUGCUAAAGUCUUUUUAAAGCAACACUGUGAUAAAAUGGAAUUCAGAAAUUAACUAUUGAUGGUGUUAUUGUUAUUAAAUGGUAAAAUCAGGUUGACAAGGCUAGUAUAUAGAUUUGAUUGUGGUAGGUGUUAAAAACAGCAGUGUCUUGCAUGCACUAUAAUGUGAUUUCUGACUCUGUGUGGUGAUGUGUAAAUAAAACUGUGGAUUGUCAUUGGUGAGAACAAAAUAAAGACAACAUAUUAUACAAAAUGAA